GUAACUGCGCCUGGUAAGUACAAUUUCACUUGCCACGUGUCGACGGUCCUCCGGUCCGUGAUUCCGGUCCGCUUCGUCAUCGUCUGCCGACAAAAAAGUCAGGCUCGUCAUCGACAUUCAUGUCACCGAAAGCUAAUAAAGCCAUUCACCCCCUCCUUUAUUGACGCCGUUCCCUUCGUCGAAAAUUUCUGUCGUUUGACGGUUCUGAUAUGAAUCGCCUUGUCGCACAGCCGCUACUGCUGAGAUGGAUCCGUAAGGGAGUCGACGAGACGCUACACAGACGGUCGUACGCGUCAUCUACAUCACCUACAAUAGCCCCAUCUCGAAUUGUGAAAUAUGCUCGUCGGACGGGCUACUUUAUUGCAGGAGCAGGGGCCGUAUACGCUUUGGAUAGGCUUUUCAAUGCAUCGGCUAUCACCCGAAACUGUAGAACGAUAUAUACGUGCGCCAUGAUAACGCUAGACUACAAAUUUAAUUUUACGCCAGAGAAGAGCGACCUCAUACCGGAACUGCACCAACGCGUCGCGGAUAGAAUGUAUAAUUUAUUCACUUCUAAUGGAGGCUUGUAUAUUAAAAUUGGCCAAGCGAUUGGUGCCAAUGCCGCCUUUCUCCCUAAACCGAUGCAAGAGAAAUUUGCAAAGCUAUUUGAUGAUGCUCCCCAGAUUCCGUAUUCCGAGGUUCUCUCGGUGUUCCGGUCUGAAUUCGGGAGGCCUCCUAACGGUCCGAACGGUGUCUUUGAGUUUUUCGACGAAAAUGCCAUAGCUAGCGCUAGCAUCGCCCAAGUGCAUAAAGCCAAGCUGUGGCCGAUGCCAGGAGACAAACAGGAACAUUGGGUCGCUGUCAAGGUCCAGAAACCUGCUGUUUCUAAGCAGACCGAAUGGGAUCUCGGCGCCUAUCGGAUGGUCAUGUGGAUGUUUGAAAACUGGGCGUUUGAUUUACCGGUAUACUUUGUCGUUGACUUCGUCGCCGACCAUCUACGGCAAGAGCUGGAUUUUAUUCGGGAAGCCGAUAACGCCAAACGGACUGCUGCGUUGAUUGCUUCAGAACCUCGAUUGUCUGACAAAGUGUACAUACCGAAAGUCUACGACGAUCUCACGACGAAGAAAGUCAUGACAGCCGAAUGGAUUGAUGGUGUACGGUUUAGUGAUCGGCAAGGCGUGUUCGACCUAAUGGGCGAGAAACCGUCGAGAUUGGGAGCAUACAUGAUACCUUUGGUCGUUUCACCCACGGAGAUGCAUUCAGACUCGCCUCUCCCGUCUCGACCACUCCGAGGUGGCGUCAAGGCUGUUAUGCAGACAAUGGUCGAGCUUUUCAGUGCGCAGAUGUUCAGCUUCGGUGUGAUACAUUGCGAUCCACACCCGGGCAAUAUUCUCAUACGGCCGAAUCCUGCCAAUCCAGAGACGCCUCAAUUGGUUUUGCUUGACCAUGGGCUUUAUGUGACCGUUGGUGACGAGUUCAGAAAACAGUGGGCUGGCCUCUGGAAGUCGCUUUUGCUUUCGGACUAUUACGCCGUGGAGAAAAUUGCAAGAAGUUGGGGCGUCGGUCUACCUGACUUAUUUGCUAGUGCAACACUCAUGAGGCCUGUGAGACUCAAGAAGGUGGACAAGGAGAAAUUCGCGCGAGAGAUUGAGGAGAUCAGUAGGAUGAGCCAGUAUGAACAGAGCGUGAGGAUGAAGGCUAAGUUGAAGGAGUUUUUGAUUGACACCGACAGGUUGCCCAAGGCGCUACUUUUCUUGAUGCGCAAUAUGCGUAUCGUGCAAGGUAAUAAUCAAUCCAUGGGCGCCCCCGUUAACCGUGUGAAAAUCACUGGAUAUUGGGCUUCACGGUCAUUGACGUAUACACACGAUCUCCCCCUUGGACAACGCAUAAAAGAAUACUGGGGCUAUGUUGCCUUCCGAGGUAUCAUGUUUUCCUUGGACGUCCUCUUCUGGGCCAUUCGAUUCCGACAGUGGUUCUGGCUAAAGCUCGGUCGGUAUUCCUCCAACUUUGAAGACGAAGUUGAGAGGUCGAUGCAAGUCUUUGCGAAAGGCAGCCUGGGAAUGGAUGUCAAAGGGGGCGUAUUUCACGGUUAAUAUGAUACACUGAAUACAUCAUCAGUUUCCCUAAAGCAGAUAGAGUUGGCAGUGAACUAAACGAAGUCUACUAGCAACUGGAGCGUACGGUAGCCACUCUAGUGAGUCUAACUUGCGGCUCACCAUAAAUCUACAAUGGGAUCGGACAACCAUCAUCGGCUCAAGCGCAAUCGGCAGUGAUGUCAGUGUAGAGUAUAGAUUCGACGACAAACGUUAUAGGUUAGCACGCCGGUCGGGUGUUUCUUAUAUUUCAGAGAUGUGUGGAAGUAUCCUUUACAUCG